GCAUCUCUGACGGUCAGUCGGCAUGACAACGCGCUCUCGAGGGCAAACGGGGAACGGCUGAUCUGGAGGAUGGCAGCAGAAGAUGCCCAGUAACGGGAACAGCGGCGGGAAUCGAGCGGACAGGGGCUCCGGGACCACCCCAGUCCAUGUCCCGACCAUGGAGCGAGCCCGACCGGCUACGGUGACGGUGUCCGCGGUGAGCCUCGCGCUCAGCGUGCUGUCGCUGCUGCUGCUCGUCACCGCCAUCUCCACCGACCACUGGUACGAGACGGACACGCGCAGGCACAAGGAGAACUGCGACCGGCACGGCUCCGACUCCAACGACCAGAAGAACCGCGAGAUGCCCAUCUACCACCUGCCGCUGGUGGACAGCGGGCCCCGGCACCGGGACGUGGCGCUCAUGAAGCCCGUGCAUGUGGGCAGCAGGGAGGAAGAGCUGCUGGAGAACUGGCGGGCCAUCCUGGGGAUGGGCAUCCUGGAGACGGAGUGCGGCAGGCCGCUGUUCUCCACCCACUCCGGCCUGUGGAGGAAGUGCUACUUCAAGGGGCUGGACCCGGACAUCGACAAGCUCAUCGACCGGGGUCAGAAACACACACACACACACACACACACUGCAGAAUAACGGUGCAGGUUAACACUAGCUCAUCGACUGGGUU